CCAUCAACACCACUCGUAACAUCAUCACAGGUCUAUACCAUUCCUGAUCUAGAGGAGCAUACCAAGCAUUUCAGCUAAGGGAAACCCUGUUUCAAAAUGGAAGGCUUGCGAGAUUCACAAGAUGGAUGGAAGUACGUCAUCGUCCUGACUAAAUUCGUCAUCCAGUUCGUUGAAAUGGCGACGUCAAAGUCGUUUGGAGUCUUGAUUCCUACCAUGAUAUAUUUGUUCUCGACAGAUGCUUCUUCUUUAGGCCUUGCGUGCAGCAUGCCUACGUCCAUGAUGCUCUUAGGAUCUUUACCCGUUGCUUAUAUUCUGAAGAGCGGCUACAUAUCACCUCGAGUGAUGGCGGUCAAUGGAGCUAUCAUAUCAUCGUUAGGAAUCAUCAUUUCCGGUUAUCUGACAUCUGUUAUCCCUCUCGGUUUCUGCCUUGCCCUAACAGGAUUUGGACUGUCGAUGGGGUACCUACCAGCCAAAGUCUUACUCAACGACUACUUCCAGGAUACAUUCAUACUUAUGAACUCUUUAGGUAGUCUAGGAAUCGAUGUAGGUGCAUUAGUUGGUCCAGUCAUCAUUGAGAGGGCGCUAGAUGCGUAUGGGUUCAGUGGUGCCAUGCUCAUCCUUGGAGGGAUCAGCUUGCAUGCAAUUCCAGCCAGUAUAGCUCUUAGGACAGUAAAGGGUUCUCGCAAAGCCACACAGAUUCAGAAAAGAGAAGGUUGUCAAGAACCUUUAAUCGAUCCUAAUGGUGAUGAAAAGAGUGUUGUUAAGACUGUAGAUGAUGGUGAAAUAGUUAGCUCGGACGACCUAGCUUCAUCGUCAAAAGAAAUUAGCCAAUAUCGAGAAGAUCACACUGAGAGGGUAUCUGCAGAACAUGAUGUUUUACCUUGGAGGCAACGAUUUUCGCAGUGGUUUUGGCACUGCAUUAUUGUGGAAGAACCUCUCCUGUUACUUUCACUUCCUAUUCUUUUCCUCACAUCAUUCGUUGUGCAAUCAUGGAUUUUAUUUCUUGUUCCAAGAGCAAUAUGGCACGGAAUUCCAAGUUCUAAAGCCGUCUUGCUGUCAUCAAUUGGAGGUGGAGGUGGCGUCCUAGGGCAAAUUCUAUGCAUUGCGAUUCUCUUCUUCUUCAGAGUUGACUUUAUUGUCGUUUCCCUGAUCCUGAGUGUGAUAUCAUCAACUACCUUCUUAAUUGACCCACUGCUAACAUCGUUCCCAGUCAUGUGCGUCACGGCGUUUAUCCAAGGGUUGUGCGUCUUCAGCGCAGGAAUAUCUUCUGCUGCAUUCCUCAAGGGCUCUGUGUCUAAUGAAAACUUCACGGUUGCCGUAGGGAUCUUUGGUGUGGUGUACGGCAUCGGAGGGAUUGUCGGAAGUUUGUUGUCAGGUAUGAUCAAGGACAAGACUGGAUCCUAUACAAUAGUGUUUAUUGCUCUUGGUUUUACCAACUGUUUAACUGUGAUCCUCACAAUUGUCUUCUUGGCUGCCCAACGGAGACGGGAUCAUCUCACAUUACAAAACAAACAAGACAAAUAAUUAAGGAAUUGAUGAUCACAGCAUCUCUUACUCUUAGUCUUGCUCUUGGAGAUGUGGUCUAGUUGAUAGAUCAACAGACUGUAGAUUAGAAGGUGCGGGGUUCAAAUCAUAAACCCGGCACUAACGUUCUUUGUCAAAACGUUAAUGUACAUUUGCCACUUGAGACCCAGGUGUUAAUGGAUACCUGGUAGGAUGCGGAAGUCAUUGUAGUUUGCUAAGCAUUGUGAGCGUCUGUAAAAUGGCGCCUGGCUGGUAUGCCCUCCCAGGGAGUUGAGAAUGUGAAAUCAUUGUUUACGGGCAAGCCCCUGGAUGACCGGGAUAAUCAUAAUUAGUAAAAGUGCGUAGAGACAUCGUCGAUGUAUUAAAGGGACAGUUGAGCUUUUAUUCUAUUGAAAUAUUUUUAAUCAGAAUAAUAAGAAUUGAAAUAUUUGUAAUCAGGAUAACAAGAAUCAGAUAUACAUUGUAGAUACAAAAUAUGUUUUUCAUCCUGGUUCUGAACACAAUAAAAAUGUGAUACUAUAGUAUACGGAAAUAUAAAUAAUGAAAAUCACCAAAGCUCACAAGCAAAAUGUAAAAACAGUAUGAAACUAAUAUAUAAGAAUAAUACGCAUCAGAAGUGGUAAAAAGUUCUUGUUUAAGCUUGCAAAUGCAUUCAAACCUGCAUGAUUAUUUCUUUUAUUCUUAUUAUGACAUUUCUAGUGCCCUUUUAGGAUAAAAAAUUGCUAUGAAUGUAAGUUUAGUCCCCAACAUGAAAUUCAGAUUAAAUCCGAUCAUACCAAUUCAGCUUCACUUUGAAAUAUACUUUAACAGUUAAUUAAUUAACUUAAUAAUAUCAAAUGAUUCAAAUGAUUUUAUUUCUCAUGCAAAGCAUUCCAUGUGAGAUUAACGUACACUUAUACUGAUACAUUACUAAAUACUCGACAUGCAGGGUAUUUCAAAGCUGAUUGAUCUGAGCUUUGUAAAAACUCUAUUAUUUGGCCAAUCAGUCCAUACAAUGAAAACAAGCAUGCAUCCAAUUAAGUGCCUGAUCGGAGAGGGUGUGGCUGUACACGCAUGAUCAAUCCCUUCUUGUUAUGAUACUCAGUUGAUAUACUCGAGAGGGCAAACAAGUGUUGAUUCAGAGUAGUAGAUCCAUGAUACCACAACGUACAGAAUAUAUUACACUGAUUUAUUGAAUGUGCAUACUACAAUGCGGAUCGCAUUCUAUAUUCUGCGUUUAUUCCCCCUUUCAAUUAUCUCUGCAACUCAUGCACUAUAGGCCUUUAAUGCAGAAGACUGACCCAAUCUACCCUUUUGUAUUGUUCACAAUCUCAACUAUUUUAUACGAUUUACUUGAAUUGUAAUUCCUAAUGCCCGACUUGGCACGUACAGGUAUCUUAAUAAUGUUUGUUGUGGCCUCACAGUUACCUCACCAUUCACCCCUUGUCAAACUUUCGUCACUGCAUAUAUCAUGUACUCUCUAAUCAGAGGGGUGUGUCUACUCCACUCUUGUUUAUCAUAAUUUUAUCCUGAUACUCUGCUGAAGCGCCCGACUGGGCGUGUAUUUCGAUGCUGAUUGAUAGAGUUUUGUAACAGACUUCUGUAUUUUUCAUAUCAGUCUUGUUUACACGCAUGUACAUACUAACACAUAUGCAUCCACGUUUCUGAUCAUAGGGGGUGUGGCUACGCAAGAUUAAUUGUUAUUGUACCUCUACUUUUCUGAAAUGUUAGGCAACACGAACGUGGAAUUACUUUACUACACCUGGUGUAUAAGGCGAUCAUUUGAAUCUGAUCAAUACAAUGUGAAAUGUAUGUAACCACUCAGUAGCUAUGUACUUACUUUAAUCUCAAAUUUUUAAUAUCUUGCACUCCUUGCUAACCUUUAAGUUUACAAGAGGAAUACUUUUUUUGGUUAUGACAGUAACUAGUAUACAGAAGAUAGGAAAAUAAAAAAUAAAAAACAAACAAAAAAAACAAACAAAAAAACAAACAAAAAACAAACAUACAUAUUUUUCAUUUUAUUUUAUCUAAAUUUUGAAGGCCGAUACACUCAGUGGAUACACUGAGUGGAUCCUGAUCCACUCAUGCUUCUUUAUCACAAUAUAUUAACAAUAUUCCUACAUUGUUCACACCCCUGAGCUUAUUUAACGUAUGGCUUCGUUGCACUUUAUGAUUAAAAAAAGUAUAUUCCUGGGUUUGCUCCUUA